AUGGCGCAGCUCUCUGAGCCGAGGCGGUGCGGGGUGCUCCUCGCCCUGCUGGCAUCGCUGCUCCUCUCCGGGGCUGGGGCGGCCGACGAAGAACGUGGCGUCCACGAUUUUUGCCACCUUCCCAAGAAAGUGGGAAGAUGCCGGGCCUCCUUCCCUCGGUGGUGGUACAAUGUCACUGAUGGAUCCUGCCAGCAGUUUGUGUAUGGAGGCUGUGACAGGAAUGACAAUAAUUACAUGACCAAGGAGGAGUGUCUUGCUAAGUGUGCUGGUGUCACAGAGAACACCAUCGAUGAGCAGAUCAGGGAUAAAGCAGAUUCUUCCGUCCCAAGUGUUCCCAGAAGGCAGGAUUCUGAUGACCUCUCCGAUGAUAUUUUCAGCUAUGAAGAACACUGCAUUGCCAAGGCUGUCACUGGGCCUUGCCGCGCAGCCUUCCCACGCUGGUACUUUAAUGCCGAGAAGAACUCUUGUGAUAACUUCAUCUACGGAGGAUGCCGGGGCAAUAAAAACAACUACCGCUCCAAGGAGGAGUGCAUGCAGCAAUGCUUCGGCAAGCAGUUGUAUCCUGCCCUGCCCUUCGGCAGUAAAGUGGUGGUCCUGGUGGGGCUGUUCGUGAUGGUCCUGAUCCUCUUGCUGGGAGCCUCUGUGGUCUGCCUGAUCAGGUUGGCGCGGAGGAACCAGGAGCGCACCCUCCGUACCGUCUGGAGCUCUGCGGAUGACAAAGAGCAGCUGGUGAAGAACUCUUACGUCCUGUGA